CUUGGUGGUUGCAGCGAGAUGCGCACAGCUCCCCUGGGUGUGUCCGUAGCCGUUUUGGCUCCAGCAACCGCGGCCCGAGACCCCCCGGCCCCCGCGCGCGCCGCCGUUGGGGCCGCGCCCUUCCGGGCCGCCCCAGCGGGCGCUCGCCCGACACCCGGGGCUGGGAGUGCUCCCGCGCGGACCCUCGGCCGGCGGGCCUCUCGCUGGCCAGAGCCGGACGCGCCGCCGGAGGUGGAGCACGCGGCGCCGUUGCGGGAACACGCGCCGCGGAGCAUGGCGGGCGCGCCCGACGAGCAGCUGCCGAGCGAGCUGCGGGAGGCCGUCGAAGAGCACCGGCCCGCCCUGCGGGAGGCGAUUGCGCAGCUGAAGGCGGAACUGCGGCUGGGCGUGGGGGCGGCGCUGGAGUUCUUCGGGGGAGGAGAUCGCGAGGUUGGCGCAGGCCGAGUCGUUGGAGGGCCACGCCUCGCGCGAUUGCGCGGCGGCGGCGGCGCCCGAGGGGUGCGCGCGCUCGGAUCCCAAGGCCCGUGCCCGUCAGCGCGGCCUCGGGCACGUGGCCGAGGGCGAGGACCGCGGCGAGCCCAGCGGCGGGGCCCGCGGCGACGUGGAGCGGCAGACGUCAGGGGCGCGCGACUCCAACGGCAUCGUCGAGGCCCAGAACUCGAGCCAGAAGUCGACGAGCGUGGAGGACCGCGGCGAGCCCCACGGCGGGGCUCGCGGCGUCGUGGAGCGGCAGGUGUUAGAGGCGUGCGAGGCUGAGAACGUCGAGGUCCGAAAGUUGAGCCGCACAUUGACAAGGACGGAGGCGAACUUCAACGGUUUCAAGGCCCACAGCCUCCUGAGGGACUACAAUGAUGGCAGAGGUUUCUCACGCGGUUCCGAGUUCAACCGGAAAUGGGUCAGCAAGCUCAUGCUGAAGUAUCAAUCGAUGGGUGCCACGCCGAACUUGUUCCCGUUCCACGGCGCGGAGGAGCUGAGGACCCGCCUGUAUCGGGUGCGCAGGAACUCCUUCGACUAUUCCAUGGCUGCCAUCAUCGUUAUGAGCGCCAUCUAUUUGGGAAAUCAAACUGCGUGGGUUCUGCAUAGCGUUCUGGAGCAUGGCCACAUAGACAACGGCCAAAGAUGGUUUUGGCUAGCGGGCGACAUUGCAUUCGCGCUCGUGCUCUUAGUCGAGCUGACCCUCCGGAUUUUCGCCUACCAGGUCAAGUUCUUCACGGGAAGUCAGAGGUGGUGGAACGCAUUCGACUGCUUCACGAUGAGCGCCGCGAUCGCCGCGGUCCUGCUGGACCUGUUCCGGGUCCCGGAUAGCUUUGGCGUCGACCUCCUAAAAGUGGUGCGCCUCGCCCGAAUAGCGCGGAGCCUGAGAGCAUCCAACUCUAAGAUCUUCCACGCCCUGAAGACUCUGAGCUACACCGUUGCUGGGAGUGCAAACGCAUUCUUGUCCGCCAUAUUUCUUUUGGCGGUUGUCAUAUUUGUAUUUUGCGUCAUGUUCAUGCAGGGGCUGCAGUCGUGGGUUCUUCGGAAUGAUGGGAGCGAUGCGGAUACGAGGGCCGGGCUGGUUGAGUUUUUUGGAUCUGGUACGACAGCGUUUCUUACGCUUCUGGCGUGCGUCACUGGUGGAGUAAACUGGAUGGACGUGUCGAACGCGCUGUUGAGCAUGGGCCCUUUCCACGCGUGGUUUUUCGUUCUGUUCAUCGUGUUCACAGUGCUCUGCGUCUUGAACAUUUUGAAUGGUGUUUUCGUAAAUGUCGCCAUCGUCUCUGCCCAGACGAACAAGGAGCUGGCCGUGGACAGAGCCUAUGAUCGAGCAGAUGGCGCAGUGGUUCGCCGAGGCGGACAAGGACCGCUCGCGCACCGUGUCGUGGCAGGAGCUGCGGAAUCUGCUUGCAGAGGAUACCGUGCGUGCGUUCCUGCAAGCUAACAAGAUCGAUGUCGCAAGCGCCGGCCACAUCUUCUUGCUCCUGGACCGGCAAGGUCGCGGGGAGAUCAGGCCCGAAGAGUUUGUGGAUAACCUGAUCACACUGCAGGGCGAGGCCGAGGCCAUCGAUCUGGCAUCGCUCCAGCUGGCGUGUGAGGACAUGGCGCAGCGGGUCAUCGAGAUGGAGCAGGCGCUCUUCGACGGCCUCGGCUUGCGGCCUGGCGCGCGGUCUCGAUCGACGCGACGGCCUCGCCUGACGCGCCCGUCGGAUGCGGAAGGCCAGGAGAGGG